AAGCGUCCAAACCACGUCAUCAAACCGCGUCGGUCAGCGAAACGUGCGGCGCACAUACCGAACAACACAGAGCAGCAGCUCGAAAUACACAACAAUUUAGCGUAGACGACGACGAAAAGCACAACCCCCAGCAAUGGAUGAUGAAGAGGAAACCUACAGGUUAUGGAAGAUUCGAAAAACCAUCAUGCAGCUUUGCCAUGACCGAGGUUAUCUGGUGACCCAGGAUGAGUUGGACCAGACGCUGGAUGAGUUUAAGAGUCAAUUCGGUGACAAACCUAGUGAGGGUCGUCCCAGGCGGACGGACCUGACGGUGCUCGUAGCCCACAACGACGACCCCACGGAUCAGAUGUUUGUUUUCUUCCCCGAGGAGCCCAAAGUCGGAAUCAAGACCAUCAAGAUGUACUGUCAGAGGAUGCAGGAGGAGAACAUCACCCGGGCCAUCAUCGUGGUUCAGAUGGGAAUGACCCCUUCGGCCAAACAGUCUCUAGUUGACAUGGCACCAAAGUAUAUUCUGGAACAGUUUCUACAGCAGGAGCUGCUCAUUAACAUCACAGAGCACGAGCUCGUUCCUGAACAUAUCGUGAUGACGAAGGAGGAAGUGGUUGAACUACUGGCAAGAUACAAACUGAAAGAGAGUCAGCUGCCUAGAAUCCAGGGUGGGGACCCAGUGGCUCGAUACUUUGGUCUGAAGAGAGGACAGGUUGUGAAGAUCAUCAGGUCUAGUGAGACCGCUGGGCGCUACAUCACAUACAGACUGGUCCAGUGAAUGACUGCAAGUGCAGGAUGACCCCAAUGUGCGACAAUUUGAAUCAAGUAUUGUUUGCUGUUCAGUAAAUGUGUGACCGUGAAGUGGAAGUUCCGGACCCAGGUCAAUCGACAAAAGCGUUUUGUUUAAAUUCAGGUCAUACUUCAAUAGGUUGUUUCCAAGCCCUCACAGGGUCAGCACUGGGCCAUAUCCUGACUUAUCCCGCUUUCUCUGCAGACCAGAGAUCCCUUUGUUAUUUCUACUAUGUAUUUUUGUAAAAAAAAAAACUCUGAAUUUAAUAAAAUUAUGCUUCUUUAAA